GGCGGAGUCACUCAGGGAAAAAUACACACUCGUGGCAAUCUCCUCGGAUCAAUCCCAAUAGUAGGAACUUUCCGAUCUCCGUGUGUGGAACCCGGGUCUUCUUCCACUCUGAUUGGAUCUGGGCAGCACCGGGCAGCAGUACCAGAGCGCCAAGCGACGGGAAGAGAAGCCCCACCGACCAGCAGGUAUCGACUCCACUGGGAACUCCCAGCAUUCCUGCUCAACCAUGGCCAACCCCCCCACAGACAGGUACAAUGCCGUCUGGUUAAUAUUCUUCAUCCUGGGCCUGGGCACCUUGUUGCCAUGGAAUUUUUUCAUGACUGCCACCAUGUAUUUCACAAGCCGCCUGGCGGAGCCGGGGGUCCCCAGGGAGAACAGCGUACUGACCCCCCCCUCUGUGACGGAGCCCCCUAAUAGCCCCAAUGACAGCAGCACCAGGGCAGAUGAUAUGGGGGGGCAUCAGACUUACCUACAGAGCAAGUUCAACAACGUGAUGACCCUGUGCGCCAUGUUACCCCUCCUCAUAUUCACCUGCCUCAACUCCUUCCUGCACCAGAGGAUUUCUCAGAAUAUUCGGAUUGGCGGAACUUUAUUGGCCAUUUUCCUCAUCUUCCUCCUGACGGCCAUCUUUGUUAAGGUUCCCUUCUCCCCGGUCUCUUUCUUCACUGUCACCAUGAUAAAGAUCGUCUUCAUCAACUCAUUCGGUGCGAUCCUACAGGGCAGUCUGUUUGGAUUGGCGGCGCUGUUUCCAGCCAAUUACACGUCUCCCAUAAUGAGUGGGCAGGGCCUGGCAGGCGCAUUCGCAGCUUUAUCCAUGAUCUGUGCUCUGGCCAGUGGCUCGGCCCUAGAGGACAGCGCAUUUGGCUAUUUUAUCACCGCCUGUGUGGUUAUAUUACUGGCGCUGCUGUCGUACGUCGCUCUGAACAAACUGGAGUUCUACCGAUAUUACACCAUAGAAAAUGUCUCAGCGGCUGCUCCUGCUGAAAUUGAGCUGAAGAAAGAUCUUCUGGAAAAUGGGGGCGGUGUGGCUGAGACUGGAGCAGAGAGUGGGGACGGAGGCAAAUCUGUCAUCCAGAUCCUAAAGAAGGUGUGGGUGCUGGCGCUGUCGGUGUGUUUGGUCUUUGCCGUCACCAUCGGGAUUUUCCCAGCAGUCACAGCAGAUGUCAAGUCGACCAUCGCAGGGGAAAGCAAAUGGGGUAUUUAUUUCAUCCCCGUGUCCUGCUUCCUGCUCUUCAACCUGUUUGACUGGGCUGGGCGGAGCCUCACCGUGCUGACUAUGUGGCCGGGACAGGACAGCAAAUUGCUCCCCCUGCUGGUGGCAGCGCGGUUGGUGUUCCUGCCCCUCUUUAUGUUGUGUAACGUGUCGCCCCGUACCUACCUGCCCGUCCUGCUCGCCCACGACGCUUGGUACAUCUGCAUCAUGAUCCUGUUUGCUGUGUCCAACGGCUACUUGGCCAGUCUGUGUAUGUGCUUUGGGCCCAAGAAAGUUGGGGUUCAUGAGGCGGAGACGGCGGGGGCAAUCAUGGCCUUCUUUCUGUCCCUGGGCCUGGCCCUCGGAGCCGGACUCUCAUUCCCCUUGCGCAUCCUUGUCUGAUUGGGCACUGUAACCCCAUUCACCCCAGUGCCCCCCUGAAUACUCGGACCCCCACAGGUGCUACCUCUUGUACUUCAGAAAGAUCCGUAUCCAUGAGCGGAGUGACCCCCCCAGCGGAGUCAGACGGCAAUUAAUUACCAUUUGCUGCCCCUGUGUGCUUGGACUGUGUCCCCCAGAAACCCAUUGCUGGUUGGGCCCCUGGAGCUGAUUGGAUAAAGGGGCCCCUAUUGUGCUCAUUGCAGUAAUAUUCCCCCUACAGAGCACUGGGGGGCCCUCCUUCACCCCGAUUCUGUAUGAUGCCAAAGUUAUCACUCACAUGUGACAAGGACAGUGCCCCCCCGUGCCCAUUACUUGGGGGGGGGGGGGGAAGAUAGGCAGAUCCUGCAAACAGCCCCCCUCUCUGCGUUUACCGACUUUUAUAUUUACUCAUUUUUAUUUUUUUAUUUUAUACAAAAUGAAUUUCCCAGAAUUCCUCUCGCACCCGUGUAUUAUCAUUAUUAUAUACAGGGUCGUGAGCCAAUGAGAAGCGCUCACCGAUGUGACGUUAAUAAAGGGCUCUUUGUAUUUAA